GUUGCCAUUUCACAUAAAGGCGGCAAAAGUUUCCAACGGACGCCAUCAUUAAUCGUCGUACGGUUACAAACGCUACCAUAAAGUGUAAUUUGAAAUCUGUCAGAUACUUGUUUAAAAACGUGUAAAUGUCUUACGUUAUGCUGAAUUAAAAUAGAUAUAGUUUUUUUUCCAAUAUGAAGAUUCAUCAAAGAAUAUAUUGCAUAUAGAAAACUAUGCUAUAAAUAGUUAUUACUGCGUAUUACAAAAUAAAUGGUUUUUGGAGCAGGUUAUACAUAGUAGAACGUAUUUAUGUUAAACAGUGCAUUUUAUUGUAUUCAAUUUAGUGUAAUACUUUGCUUUAUUAAUGGAAAAGGAAUUAGAGGUGAUAGCGCUGUUGCGCGAAGCUCGUAAUCUUUCUAAGAAAAUUGGUCAAAAUGCUGAGAUUCGGCAGAGUCAGGAGUACAAGAAUAUGCUGAAAACAUCUCAAGCUUUGAAAGAAAAGAGAACUCAACUUAUAGAAAGUAUUGCCAAGAAUCUGAAUGAUUUGAUGGGACAGAAACAUGCUAUACAUAGGAUUUUACAGAAUUCAGAAGGUGUUGACGGUCUGCCCAUUUCACACAAGUAUCAACAACAGACUGUCAAUCUUGUCGCAGAUGCAAUUCAGUUUAUCAAUGAUAUGCCUGAGAUGUGUAAGCCGCAUACAGUUAUAGAUGAUAACUUUGUUACCAAACUAUGUGAGAAUGUAAAACUCUGUGGCGAGGCAAUAAGCGUGAAUCUAAACAAGGCAAAGACUCAAAUUGAUCAAGUUGAAACAGUCAAGAACAAUAUUGAUGUUCUUAAAGAUUGUUACGUUACUUGUAACGAUGAUUUGGAUGAAUCCAUCUUAAACUUGGAUGGAUCAAAUCUAGAAUUAAAUGGUUCAAUUUAUUAAAAUUACUUCUUUCAUUUCAUCGAUUCACACUGUUCAUCACAGAAAGGUAUUCAUUGCCUGUUUCUAAUUUAUUGUCCAGAUUUAACUUGAGCAGUAUCAAGUGAGGAUCGACAACAUCCUGAAAAUAAAAUAUCCU